ACAUCUGUAGGUGGAAGUCGGACAUUGUUCGUUAUUCAAAUAUCUAUUAAACGUUUAAACGGCUGUGAAUAUUUAAGUGUUUAGACACACCGUAAAAGAUUUUUAGAAUUUGUUUAAGUGAAAACACAUUUAGAUGGAACCAAUGGCAUUGGGAUCACCUGUUGCAAGCCCAAUUCAGAGUCCUGGAAGUUCAGCAACUUCUGCAUAUCUUCCAAAUUUUCUUUUAGGUGACAGCACAACGCCUGCUAAAAUAAAUUUGAUGACUCCACAAGAUAUAUCAAAACAAUUUCACAGUGGAUUGACCUCUCCACUUUCUCACUAUGGUACUCCAGACUAUCGUAGUAAUCGACAGAAAGCAGUAUUUGGAAGUGCUAAUACUCCUAAUACAUCUCAAAUAGUCACAGAAAGCCACACUGGUGGACCUCCAACGAGAGGACUGUUUGAUUCUCUGGAAACUUCUGAAAAUGCAUCACCCUACUUAUCAGCAACAAAUCAAAGUAUAACUUGCAAUCAGUCGAAAUGUUUGACGACUAGCAUGAACAAUUCUAUAUUUAGGGAUGGUGCAAUGAGUUCUAAUGCAAAUGAAUCACAAGGUCUGUUGCAAUGGGUGACUGUCUUUGGUUUUCCACCUAAUGAUAUAACUACAGUUUUGGCUCACAUCUCUAGUAGAGUUCGUAUAGUGGACAAGCAUCCUGCUCCACACUCAACAAGCAAUUGGAUACAUCUAAAAUGUGCUUCUGAAUUGGAAGCGCAAAGGGCAUUUGCGUGUAAUGGAAAUAUAGUGUCUGGAUCUAUAAUGAUUGGCGUAAUUCCUUGUACAGAUGAGGGUGUUAUAUUAGGAUCCGAGAAAGAAAGUCGUUCGAAAGUGAACGGAAGUAUUAAGUGUUUGUCUACUCUAGGAAGAGUUACUCAAUCGCCAGAAUACAGUACACCGCGUACACCAAUAAGAGUACAAAAUGCAAGACCAUUGGCAACUGGUUACAAUCAAAAUCUUAGUCCGCAGUCGAUAAGAUCGCCUGAGAAUGUUCCACAAAAAUCUACAGGUCUAGUUUCAAAAGCAAUGGAAUAUAUGUUCGGAUGGUGAAUGAAGACAAUUGUACAUACUGUUUUAUUGAUGAUAAAUAUUGUUUAAUGUUCCUGCAAUUUUCCUUAUGUUUUUAUAAAAAUUGAAUGCAAUAUAAACACGAAUAAUCUGAGAAAGGAAUAUAUAUGUAUUCAAAGAUUCAAAUGUUCAUUUAUGUUCUUUUACGAUAGUACCAAAUAUAAAUCUUUACAAA